AUGCGGCGCCAUUUGCCGCCAUUCUAUUUAGACGCAUUACCAUAUCUCUUAUUCAAACGCUCAUUCAGGACACCAACGACAAGAAUAGUAACAAAAGCAGCGCCACUGCUUGGAGGUAAAUGUCAAAGGCAUUACAUGAUGGAUAUUCAUGAUUUCUAUGGUCAUGAUGAUGACGAACAUAUGAGAGCUGCCAUCCGUGCAUCGUUAUCAGAUGUAAAAGCACGGCCACUACCACCGCCUACGACGGCAUCCGCAGAGACAGUUUAUGGCGAGUCCAAUUUUGUUGAUCUGACUGUUGAUUCCGACUCGUCGCAGUCAGACCCUCAAAGACCGGCGAUAGUCACUACUACGGCUUCCAAGGAGGUGGUUGACGAGUCGGAUGCGGAACUUGAAGAAGCGAUUAAAUUAUCGUUGAUGGGUCAUGGUUCUUCAAGAAAUGCUAGUACAGAGGGGAACCAAUCUUCUGGCCUGGUUGAAGGGUGUGGAAAGAUAUCCAAAGAGGAUACUCCUAUUUCGACCAGCUCAAACCCACUGGUGGGUAUUUUGGGAAUAGAUCGCAAGAAGAUGGAGGAGGAAAGAUUGGCGCGACUCAACAGGAAGAGAAAAGCGUCGAGUACUCCCGGGUCACCUGCCUUGAAACAUGCCGCAAUCGUGAUGAAAUGCGAAGAUGUCCCUGCUGGUGCUGCGGUUCCUGGCCCCAAUCCACGUGCAAACGCUCCGCGAGUAAGUGGCAAUGAGACGAUAAACAUUGGGACUUCGUCACAUCCCAUGCCAUUGCCAUCCGCUCCCUUACAGUUCCCGAAAGGUGCGGUCAAGAAGACCUGGGCGUUUGGCUAUGAUAGGACAGGUGACGAUAUUAAAUUCGAGGAAGUGGUCCAGAAAUCUGAUCUUGAACUUGCCGUCCUAAGUUCUUAUAUGUGGAAUGUGGAUUGGAUGUUUUCUAAAUUUGAUAUCAAAACAACGAGGUUCCUUCUCAUUAUGGGAGAGAAGGAAGAAGACAAGAAACGGGAACUGGAAAAUGAUACGAAAUCAAUGGGGUCCGUCAGACUAUGUUUUCCUCCGAUGGAACCGCAAGUGAAUUGCAUGCAUUCGAAACUUAUGUUACUUUUUCAUCCGGAUUACCUUCGAAUUGUUGUGCCAAGUGCAAACCUCGUCCCAUUCGACUGGGGAGAACAGGGAGGUGUUAUGGAAAAUAUUGUCUUUCUUAUCGAUCUUCCUCGGAAAUCGCCGGAUUUGGACAACGAUCCUCAGACAUCAUUCCUCGAUGAAUUAGUUUACUUCCUCCAGGCUUCUACCGUAAAUGAGCAAAUUAUAAAAAAGAUGCUUCGGUUCGAUUUCAGCGCCACGAAGGAUAUCGCAUUUAUCCAUACAAUUGGCGGAUCUCACACGGACCCGAAAUGGGAAAAACCGGCUUGUGCGGACUUGGAAGGGCUAUAA